AUCGAAUCCAUCAAUUCAUUUCAAAGAUGAAGUUAGUGGUACUUCAUCUUUCCCUCUUGUUUGCGUGUGCGUUUGGUGAAUACACCAAAAGUGUAACUGGGAAAUUUCCUAAACUUGAAGAUGUAAGAGCAGCAGUUAAGAAAGCUGAAGCCAGAUCACUAGGUGAUCUUAAAGUAAUACCUGAAGUUAAAAGUGACGAUUUGCUCGGUUUUGGAUUUGGAGAUACCCUUAGCUCUUUUGGAGCUGACAGUACCUUCGGGAAGAGCUUAAAUCUUCAGGAAGACUUUGGGAAAGAUUUCGGGACUGGCUUUGGGUUCUCCAACGAUGCACAAAGUCUUAUAGAUAGUCUCAGUGAUACUUCUGGGUCUGACUUUGGUGAAGGUUAUGGGUUGAGCGGCAGAAGUCAUGGAUAUGGCCAUGGUCAUGGAGGCCAUGGAGGUGGGCAUGGUCUUGGUGGUGGACAUGGACACGGUCAUGGAAAUGGUCAUGGACAUGGUCACGGGCAUGGACAUGGAGAUGGACAUGGACAUGGUCACGGACAUGGACACGGUCAUGGGCAUGGACACGGACACGCUGAAUUCCUAACAUAG